CGCCAUUUAUGCCGACCCUCUUGGACAGACCGUCAGAGCAGCUCCAACUGUUGCCCGUGCGUCCCAUUCGUCCCGAGGUUUAUCCGCGGUACUUGAUCUCCGUUCUAUACUUCGUCGAGGCUCCGGACUUCGUUUUCAAGAGAUCAACAUGAGGAUGAAAGGCGGCCUGUCCACCUUGAUACACAUGUCGGCCCUGCGCCCGCUUGUCAUAUGUGGGCCAUCCGGUAGUGGGAAAUCGACACUGCUCAAGAAGCUGUUGAAAGACUUCGGCGAUUAUUUCGCCUUGAGUGUGUCCCAUACCACCCGGAAGCCCAGGCCUGGUGAAGUGAAUGGCAAAGACUACCAUUUCAUAUCGCGGGAUGAAAUGGAACAGGCCAUCGAGGCGGGCGAAUUCAUCGAGUACACGGAGUUUUCGGGAAACCUGUAUGGCACGAGCAAGAAAUCCGUUCGCGAUGUGCAAGAACAAGGGCGAAUCUGCAUCCUAGACAUUGAAAUUGAGGGUGUGAAGAACAUCAAGAACACAGAUCUGAAUCCCCGCUACAUCUUCAUCAAGCCUCCAAGCAUGAAGGCCCUUGAAGAGCGGCUCAGGGGUCGGGGAACAGAAACUGAGGAGAGCUUGCAUAAACGCCUGGCAAGAGCUAGUGAGGAGAUUGCCUAUGGCGAGAACCAGGGCAACUUCGACCUUCUACUAGUCAAUGACAACCUCAAGAGUGCAUACAGCAAACUCCGAGAUUACCUUAUAAAGGAGUACAGUAUGGGUUUCUCUAUUAUCCAGGAAGUGGAGGAGCUUCAGAAGAAGCCAAAGAUCUAGUCACACCCAACAUCUGUGGACUCAGCGCACCCAUCAUGCAUCAUAUUUCUGUUGCCUGUAACUUAUUGCGGACUGAUUUUCGCUGCGAUACAUACGCCGCAGUUUUCAUUGAAAGGUUUUUUUUUUUUUAAACAAGAUCAGUGCUGAUGUUCAUUGGGAGUGGUCCACUGUAUAAGGUACCACUUCUGACAGCGCAUGUAGUCCUUGUUUUCUUUCUUUUUAUUCCUACUUUCAUAAUUCAUUUUCCUCCCAUUUUAUUUAAAAGUCGUUCAUGAGUCUUUAAUGUUGUGAGACACUCAUAGGUGCGCAUUGUAUUUGUGAUACUGUUGACAAGGCUUGAGCAGAAUCUUGACCAUGUAUCUGAGACUGUGCAUCGUAGUUCUGUGUAAGUGCUAGAAAUAAGCACGAGCUUAGUCCUAUGGGUCCCUUGAACCUGCUGCAGUGUUCAUGUGCGCCCACUGUUGCAGGCACAGCGUUACUGCAAAACAAGUGCCGCACCUGCUGCAUGGCCAAUCUUGUUUCUGCUAAAAUUGUUCCUGUUACUUCUAGCUCGCAAUGAUUCCUGUUUGGAUAUCUGAAAUUCAGUUCCAUAUAGUAGAUGUUGUGACUCUGUGGUCCCCUCAUUGUGGUUUCUGUAACUUGUGUAUUGUGUUAGUUUCCAUAGAAACAUCUAACUAAGCUUUAAGUGUGCAUACACUGUGAUUUUUGUGCAACAUAGAAAUGAAUUAUGGCAUAUUAGUCAUACUGACAGUUUUGCUGCAUUUCUGUGAUUUGCAUAUGUUGUAGAGUGAGUGUGCGUGUGUGUGCGUAUUCAAGAAUCUCACUUAAUUUAAGCUACUGGGGUCAGGGGUACAGUGUGGUGAAAGUAAUUGUUUUUUGUUUCUGUUUUCCCUCUAUAUCAAAAUUUGAACUGGUGUGAAUAGGGCAUGAACCUAUUCCUGUUGCAUUUUAUUGACCAUGGCUAUCAUAUUACUGUACAUAUUUUGUUUGCAUUGGACCAAAACAGUCGACAUGCUUGUUUUGCAUUUUCUUCUGGUGGACUCUUCUCAACGACACUUGAAGAAUGUAUGUUGACUAAAUAUAACAGUUGUUCGUUGUCAAUCGGUUUAAGUAUGCAUGGUCUGCACCCCAUGUUCGCUCUUAGCAGUGUUUUCAUUGUUCAUAGCACAGUGUUGUGAGCCAUAACUGUCUUGCUAAGAGUCAUUCGGUUAGAAACUACUGUAAAGCAGGUGUAUAGGGAAAAGAUUGUGUUGUGCUUAAAGGGACAUUAAAAGCAACAAUUAAGAAGACAACGUCGCCCGGCAUAAUAUUGUCGUUGUAGGCGUCAUACAUUGAGCUUUUACCCUCACAUAAAUUUUUAUUUGGCUUUAGUGUCCCUUUAAAGUGCAGCUGGUAAUUUAAUGUUCCUACUAUAUUGGCUUGAUGGGUACACUGUAUAAACAGCUUAUAAAACAUCAUGACUCAUUUGUAUGAGUGGUUUUCUUGAAUUAGAUUCUGUCGGCUUUAGCUGACAGUGUCCCUUUAAAGUGUAGCUGGUAAUUUAAUGUUCCUACUAUAUUGGCUUGAUGGGUACACUGAAUAAACAGCUUCUAAAACAUCAUGA